GUUUUAAGUAAUCGACGAGUUAAGACGUUCCGCUGUAUUUGCUUUCGAUGCCAUCAAAAUCAAACGAGGACGGACGAAGAACGAUUUGUGUAUUAUCGGUAUCGGGGAAAAAAUAAAUAAACUAUCCGAGUGGUGUGUGGCCGCCAUCACAACAGUAGCUGGUAGCCAGCCACUUGUUUCUGAAUUUCUUGUUGUUGGUUUUGUUUUUUCAAAUAUUUCAAACUGCCACAAUUAUGCCGUGAAUUGUACGUUCCUGCUGAUGGCGUUGUUUUUGUAGUGCUCUGUGUUUUUUUUUUCCUAUUUAACGAUUAUUAAAAAUGUGAAUUAUAACCAGGCAAUGAUUGUUAUCAGCAAACAUUUCAAUUCCAGCACUCAAAAAAAAGUAACUUAAUCGGACCAAAGCCUUAACAGCCAAAGGAAAACAACAACAAAACAAAUUGUUGAACGAAAAAAAAUAUUUUAAUCAGAUCAUAAAAAUUUAUCUCUUUCGGUUUUGGGUGGACGGACUUCAAUUGUUUUCUUAAAAUUCGACACAUGAACGAUCGGGCGCAAACGUGUUAAACUCACAAUUGAAACGUUACGACAAAAAUAGGAGGAGUGCAACAAAAAAAAAUAGAUAAUAUUUUGAAUUGAAAAAAGCGAGAAUUUAAAUAUCAUAUCUAUGCGUAUUGGAUUAAGGGUCAAUGAUCGCAAAGUACCUCCAAUGAAAGUGAAUUUUUUUUUCUAUAAACCAGAUUCGGAAAUAAAAAUAUUUAAAUAAAAAUAGAAAUUUUUUUAUUAUAACCAAAUUAGAUUAAAAAAAAUACUCGCCAUAAACUAUCGUACCAAUGCCAAUUUCAUAUUUCAAGAUUAACCUACGAUUAUAUGACGUAAGAGAAAAUAUUUAAAACUACCAAUUACGGAUAAUAAAAUAAAAUUGACUGAAUAUUUUCUACAGGCCGCUCAAAUUUUAUGGUAUUGGAAAAUUCAAUUCAUUCAUCCCUGCUGACAGCAAUCAGCGGCUACCUACCUACCUCUGCCUAUCAACCCAAUAAUCAGGCAACUCAGUUGAGUGAACCAACCAGCCAACCGAACAGCUCAGCUAGCCAGCCCGCCAGCCAGCAGAUAUUCAAAGACAACAACGAUCAGUUGUUCCAUAUCAGCGGUGGUGAAUGAACGAAUAAAAAACGAAAACGCUUGAAAAAUAAGUCAGACACACUCACGUUCCUCAAUCGAUAAAUGUGGGACUGGCGGUUGAACUUGUCGUUGACGGCUGCGUCCAACCAACCACAGCGUUGUUGGUGGUGGUAACAAAGGAAUUGUUGUCAUAAUUGUUGCUGUGUUACUUUUUGUUUUUGUUAGUGAUUCAGACAACAGUUAAUUUCAGCGCCUCCCCUACCUCCCACACAUAGGCACUGUGAAAUGCCUAAGAAUCCUUUCAAGCAAUUCCAAGUGACUCCUCAAUUAAAUAUAAUUAAGUGAAAAUAUAAAAAAAACAACAACAAAAACAAAAUAGCAACAUUAAACAAAGUGUCAAGAAUUCAACAAAGCAAUAAAGAGCGAGUGCAGGCCAGAUCAUAAUGGUUUAGUGGCUUUUGAUUUGAAGCAAUUAAUUUAAAAAAAAAAUUAAAUAAAACCAAUUUGCUUUUUUGUGCAAUAAAAAAAAUAAGCAUUAAAUCCUUAACUCACAAAAGAAAAUUAAAAAAAAAAAAAAAACAAUUUAACAUUUGUUCACAAUGGCUGAAAGCAAAGACCCCAGUCCGUCUUUGUUGGCCCACCACUUGCUGUUGAUGGAGUCGAAUAAACCAGUCGUUGAUGAUGAUGAUGAUGACGACGGCGGCGACGAGCUGGAGAGCAGUAGUGAUGUCAUUACAUUGAACAUACUCAAUAUGCAACAACCAACAUCCAACAAUUCCACAACAACAACUCCUUCGGCUACAUAUUCAACUUCAGGCCCCUCCGCUGCCUCGGUUCGACCCACAACCCCCACCCCUUUGGCUAGGCGUUUUUUCAAUCGUAAACCAGAAGGUUUACAUUUGAACAUUACAACGGCUUUUUCACGCGGAACAAAUGAGGAGAACUCAAUGGACAAAUCGAAGACUCCAACCCAACCUAACAAUGCAUCAGCAAAUCUAAGCAAGGCAUCAACAACAACACUCCAUACUCCUCUGACCACAGCCUCUUCGUUGUUCUCCUACGAAGAGAAUAUGUCAACGAAACAAAUAAAUAUUGGAUUUGAAAAUAUUCGCUACUCAACAAGACUGGGAUUUUUUAGAAGAGAAACCAAAGAUAUUCUUCACGGCAUCACAGGAUUUUUUAAGGCCGGCGAACUGAGUGCCAUAGUCGGGCCAUCGGGAGCUGGAAAAAGUACCUGCCUCAAUAUACUCUCAGGAUAUACAGCCUUUGGUUACACCGGCGAUGUUCUGGUCAAUGAAAGUUUACGUGACAUUAAGGCCUUCAAACAAAAUGUGGCAUUUAUUACUCAGGAUACUAGUCUGCAGCCCUAUUUGACCGUCAACGAGGCCAUGCAUUUUUCGGCAAAUUUGAAAAUUGGCGCCCACAUGAGUAAGAGUGCAAAACGAGAGAGGGUGAAAAAGAUAUUAGAAGCUAUUGGCAUGUACGAGAAUCGUCAUACCAGAACAGGCCAGCUGUCCGGUGGCCAAAAGAAACGUCUGUCCAUUGCCCUGGAAUUGGUGAAUAAUCCACCGGUUUUAAUAUUGGAUGAACCAACGAGUGGCUUGGAUAGCUCCACCUCCAAUCAGUGUAUAUCCCUGCUCAAGAAAUUGGCCUUGGAGGGUCGUACGGUGAUUUGCACGAUUCAUCAACCCAGCGCGUUGACCUUUGAGAUGUUCGAUCACUUGUAUGCAAUUGCUCGUGGUAGCUGCAUUUAUUCGGGUGGAACCCAGAAUUUAGUGCCAUUUUUGGCCGAUGUAGGUCUAGAGUGUCCCGAGUCAUAUAAUCCCGCCGAUUAUUUAAUGGAAAUUGCCACCGAUGAUUAUGGGCCACAGAAUGACAAAUUAAUAGCUAAGAUUGAAAAUGGCCGGAACAAUAGUUAUCGUCAGUCCAAAGCUGCAAAAGCCAAGCAACUGGAGGCCAUGCAUAAGAUUGACAAAAUGAUGGCCUCGGGUCUUAUGACACCUGUCACUGCCCCCGUGCUGCCCACCCCUGCCAUUGUAAAUAGCAACAACAUCCUGCUGAAUAAUCAACAAAAAUACACGUCCAGCAACAACACCGCCUCCAGCCAUCCAUAUUAUUACCAGCAUCGAAAUAGCGGUAACCAGCAAAGUUCAGCGAGAACAAAACCCCUCACGCCUAUUAAGGAGAUGGCCUCACGUUUGGGUGAUAGUCGAGGUCUGCUCGGCGAUAAUAGCCAAAACAAUACCAAAGAACUAGACUCAAGUGCCGAAAAUGGUUGUUGUCCGCCUCAGCAGCAGCCGAAUUUGUGUAAAAGUGAAAAUAUCUACGCCACACCAUUCUAUCGCCAGCUGGGUAUCCUGUUGCUGAGGACAUUUCUGAUAUUGUGGCGUGAUAAGUCUUUGACUCUUCUACGCUUUAUUAUUCACCUUGUGACUGCUCUGAUGAUCGGAUUUAUUUAUUAUGGCAUUGGCAAUGAGGCGGAGAACACAUUGAAUAAUUUCCGCUAUUGCUUCUAUUCGAUUAUGUUCAUCAUGUAUUCGGCAUUUUCGUCGAUUUUAGUGAAAUUUCCGCUAGAGUUCCCCAUUGUGUCACGGGAACAUUUUAAUCGUUGGUAUUCCCUGAGGGCCUACUAUGUGGCAAUAACCCUUGCCGAUAUACCCAUACAGAUGGUGUGUACAACGGUGUAUAUAGUCAUAACCUAUGUGCUGACCGAUCAACCGGGCGAUAUAUUUCGAGUGGUCUUAUUCUGUGUCAUUACUUUCCUGACGGCAUUGGUGGGACAAAGUAUUGGCUUGGCUGUGGGGGCUUCACUGAAUAUUAAGCUGGCAGCAAUAUUGGGUCCCUUCUUCAUCUGCCCCUUUUUGACGUUCUCUGGUUUCUUUGUGCAGGAAAAACAUGCCCCCGAAGCUCUGAAAUGGUUAUUUAAAAUAUCAUUUUUAAAGUAUAGUUUUGAGGGAUCGGUCAUGUCCAUUUUUGGCUUUGAUCGACCCCGUUUGGAGUGCAGCGAAAUGUAUUGUCAUUAUUCGAGGCCUCAGGUCUUCCUUAAGGAUGUUGGCAUGCUGAAUGCCAACUAUGAAAUGGCCAUAAUAUUUUUAGUUUCGCUAUUUUUAGCCUUACGUAUUAUUGCGUUCUAUAUAAUGUCAUUUCGAUUGCGUUUAUUUAGAUAGAAUUGAAUUUGGAAUGUGAUUUUUUUUUUGUUGUCUGAAUAUUUGAUGAGGAGAAUUUGGAAUUUAGGGAAACCAAAUGGAGGAUAAUUGAAAGCAAAAAAAAGGGGAGACAUGUAGUUGGGUUAGAUGGGGGGUCUCUGUUGCAGUAUUGAAAAAUUGGAUUGAAUAUUGGCAUAAUUGAUAUAUGUUGUUGGCAAAAUCAGAAGCGAAGAAGCGUUCAAGAGGUCCGCUAUUAAUAGAAUACCUUCAGAAGGUGUUCCAAAUAUAGAAAACCUUUAAAAGGACAUAUUUGAAGGACCGAAACGCUUAAGAAUUUCUUUAAGGGAUUGGCUAUGUAUAGAUGUUCGGUUGGAAGUCUCUCAGAAAGACGUUUAUUGUUGGAAGGAUUUUGCAAUAAUUUCCGGGAUUAAAGACCGUUAGAAUAUCGUCGGAGGACACAAAAGGAUCUUGUCCGAAUGUGUUACAAAUAUUAAUAUUGCAGGAAUAUUAAUAUCCAGUAGAUCCUAAGAGUAGAACUCAAAAUAGAAUACUCGUGUAUGGGAGUUUUUGACACAAAAGGAUCUUGUCCGAAUGUGUUACAAAUAUUAAUAUUGCAGGAAUAUUAAUAUCCAGUAGAUCCUAAGAGUAGAACUCAAAAUAGAAUACUCGUGUAUGGGAGUUUUGAAAGUUUACAUCGCAAACUCUCCAAACUCUCUUCAAAAGGAGGGUAUAUUAACUUUGUCCUUCCGUUUGUAACAUCCCUAAAUAUUCGCCGUAGACCCCAUAAAGUAUGAUCAGCAUAAAAUUCUAAUCGAUUUAACGAUGUCGUCUGUGUCUGUCCGUCUGUCUGUUGAAAUUACGAUACAGCCCACAUUAUUUGACGUAGAGCUUUCAAAUUUGGCACAACAAUUUGUAUUGUGCCUAGGAGGGUGGGUAUUGAAAAUGGGGUAUAUCAAUCCACCUUUUUGGUAUAGCCCCCCAACAAGGGUACCUCCCAAUAUUCGGAAGUUUCAUGAUAUUCGCCACAUUUCUCCACCAAUUUGUCUAAAAAUUGGUAUUUGUAGGUCAUAAUGGAUUCUAGCUCCGAUGGCGGAUCAUUAUAUGUAUAGGUCCAAUUUUUCAUAUAGCCCCCCAUAAGGGUACCCACCGAUAUUCGGUAUUUUAAUGAUUUUCGCCACAUUUUGUACACGAACUUGUUUAAAAAUUGGUUUUUGUAGCUCAUAAUGGAUUCUAGCUCCGAUGGCGGAACAUUGUAUGUAUAGAUCCACUUUUUCGUAUAGCCCCCACAGAAGGGUAUCUCCCGAUUUUCGGUAUUUUGGAUGAUUUUUGCCACAUUUUUCCACGGAUUUGUCUAAAAAUUGGUAUUUGUAGUUCGCAAUGAGUUCUAGCUCCGGUGGCGGAACAUUGUAUGUAUAGGUCCACAUUUUUGUAUAGCCCUCAUAUAACAUUACCUCCCGAUAUUCGGUAUUUUUAUGAUUUUUGCUACAUUUAUUCCACAGAUUUGUCUAAAAGUUGGUAUUUGCAGGUCAUAACGGGUUCUACCUCCUGUGGCGAAAUAUUGUAUGUAUAGGUCCACAUUUUUGUAUAGCCCUCAUAUAAGGGAAUGUCCCGAUAUUCGGUAUUUAGAUGAUCUUCGCCACAUUUUUCUACAGAUUUGUCCAGAAAUUGCUAUUUGUAGUUCGUAAUGGGUUCUAGCACCGGUGGCGGAACAUUGUAUUUAUAGGUCCACUUUUUCGUAUAGCCCCCAUAUAACAUUACCUCCCGAUAUUCGGUAUUUUUACGAUUUUUGCUAAAUUUAAUCCCCAGAUUUGUCUAAAAAUUGGUAUUUGUAGGUCAUUAUGGGUUCUAGCACCGGUGGCGGAACAUUGUAAGUAUAGGUCCACUUUUUCGUAUAGCCCCAUAUAAGGGUACCCACCGAUAUUCCGUAGUUUGAUGAUCUUUGCCACAUUUUUCCACGGAAUGAUCUAAAAAUUGGUAUUUGUAGGUCAUAAUCGGUUCUAGCUCCGGUGGCGGGACAUAGGACCACGUUUUCGCAUAGCCUUCGGUAGUCUGAUGAUCUUUGUCAUAUUUUUAUACGGAU